AUGACCAUGGUGCAAGGUGUCACUGGCUACUUGGGCCUCUUCUCGGCUCUCCUGCUGAUCACUCUCGUGCUCCGUAGGGCGGCGAAGAAGGCGAACAGUGAUGCCGCCGGGCGCCGGCCGAGGCAUCCACCGGGGCCGUGGCGGCUGCCGGUCAUCGGCAACCUCCUCCAGCUCAUGGUCGGCGGUCCUCUCAUCCACCGCACCAUGGCCGACCUGGCCCGCCGUCUGGACGCGCCGCUCAUGUCGCUGAGGCUCGGCGAGGUCGACGUCGUGGUCGCCUCGUCCGCCGACGCGGCCAGGGAGAUCACCAAGACGCACGACGUCAAGUUCGCGACGCGGCCAUGGAGCUCCACCAGGCGGAUCAUGGUGGCCGACGGGGCCGGGCUGGUGUUCGCGCCCUACGGCGCGCUGUGGCGGCAGCUCCGCAAGAUCGCCAUCCUCGAGCUGCUCAGCGCCCGCCGCGUCCAGUCGUUCCGCCGUAUCCGAGAGGACGAGGUCAGCCGCCUCGUCGCAGCCGUGGCGGCGGCGCAGACCGGCGGCGAGGCCGCCGUGAACAUGAGCGAGCGCAUCGCGGUGCUCAUCUCCGACACGGCGGUGCGCACGAUCAUGGGCGACCGGUUCUCGAGACGGGACGAGUUCCUCGAGUCCAUCGCCGUACGAAUCAAGGUAACUUCAGGGUUUAGCCUUGGAGACCUCUUCCCAUCGUCGAGGCUGGCCAGCUUCGUCGGCGGCACGACGCGACGAGCAGUGGAGAACCACCGCAAGCAGUUGGAGCUGAUAGAGUGCGCUCUUAGGCAGCACGAGGAGCGGAGGGCAGCGGCUGCCGGCGCUGUAGACGACGACCUCAUUGAUGUACUCCUCAGGCUUCAGAAGGAAGCAGCCUUCGAAGUACCCCUCACCAUGGGCGACAUCAAGGCCGUCGUCCUCGAUCUUUUUGGAGCCGGAAGCGAGACAUCGGCAAAUACACUUCAAUGGGUGAUGUCUGAGCUCCUAAGAAACCCAAGAGUGAUACAGAAAGCACAAGCUGAGCUACGUAAUACUCUGCAAGGAAAGCAAAGUUUGACGGAAGAUGACUUGACUAGAUUAAAGUAUAUAAAGCUUAUUAUUAAGGAGACCUUACGGCUACAUCCAGUGGUGCCACUGCUUAUUCCGAGGGAAUGCCGGGAGACAUGUAAGAUCAUGGGGUAUGACAUUCCUAUUGGCAUUACUAUGUUCGUAAACGUGUGGGCAAUUGGAAGAGACCCUAAAUAUUGGGACGAUCCUGAAACAUUCAAACCAGAACGAUUUGAAGAUGGACACAUAGAUUAUAAAGGUACAGACUUCGAGUUUUUACCAUUUGGGGCUGGACGAAGAAUGUGCCCCGGCAUAGUAUUUGCAGAAGCAACCAUGGAGCUUGUUCUUGCCUCGCUGCUCUAUCACUUUGACUGGAAGCUCCCUAAUGAUAUCUUGCCGACCAAGAUAGAUAUGACAGAGGAGAUGGGUGUUACCAUUAGAAGAAAAAAUGAUCUCUACCUCGUUCCAACCGUCAUUGUGCCACCGUCAGUUGCUCCCUAGCUGUCCACAAAUAGUAUGUCUCUAUCGUUUGGUUUUGUCUAUGUAAUAAUAAGCUGGAACAUUUGAUAUUACUUUCACCCACAAAUUAUUUCGGUGCUUUCUUUAUUAAAAUUAGGUGUAAAUGUGCGCGUGUAUCUAAUAUAAUA